AUGGAUUUUAAUGAAACCUAUAGGGACUUAAACAGUAAUAAUCUCACCGAUCUAACAGAAAACGGAUCAGACGAUGAGUUUGAUGAAUUUGUAGAUUUUGAAGAAUCAGAAUUCGAUUCGGCCUCGAGCCUUCAAGAACAAACGAUCCCGGAGUCGGUUAUACAAAACAGUUCUGCGUCCAAUGAUUCAAUUUUAGUAGCUCCUGUCAAACUGACAGCCUCCUCAGCCCCUGUUAGCCGUUCCUCAACACCUAAUUCUUUAUCCAAUAUAUCCCAUAAUAACAUUACUAGUUACUCUCACAAUAAUUUAUCUAAGCCAAAAUCUUCAACAGCACCUGAACAGUUAGACGUAGACUUGGUGAAGUCACUAUGUUCUAUUAGCGAAGAAACAUUGCAGACAUUUACCGAUUCUCAAAUCCUCGAUUUAAAGACAAACCUUCUUGCAUUGUCACGACAAGCUUCUGAUACACUUACAUAUUGGCUGGACCAACGUGAACAAACCACGAUGGAUUCAGAGACCUAUAAUCAAAUGAUUGAAUGUCUUGUUGGACAUGCACAAAAGAUCAGGGAUGGCUGUGGAAAACAGUCCAAGUCGAGCUGGGAUGGUCGAGGCAUAAAAUCAAGAAAAAAGGCUACUAGUGCCGUUGCCAGUGGGUUGG